AAGGUUGCAAAAGGGUGUCCGGGUGUCUGAGAUCACCAUGAAGACUCUCAUUGCUGCAUAUUUUCAAAACCAGAGUGGGAUCCAUGCCAGCAUCCAGGCUGCUCUCCGCGUGCUGCUGGCUGUGCCAUGGCCUUCAAAACGAGAUUUCUUGGCUGGCCUCCAGCUCCUGUCAGUCCUCCAGUGGAUUUUCAGCUUCUUGAUGCUGGGGAUGGUUUCCCUGAUUCUCCUUAUCUAUCUGGCUUUCACCAGUUUCUGGCCCAUUUCUGCUCUCUACCUGGCUUGGCUUAUCUAUGAUUGGAAUACACCUGAGAAUGGUGGGAGAAGUUCUAUUUGGGUCCGGAACUGGUCCAUCUGGAAUUACUUCCGAGAUUAUUUUCCGAUUCAGCUGGUGAAGACUCAUGACCUGCUCCCCACCCACAACUACAUCAUCGGGAUCCACCCGCAUGGGAUCCUCUGUGUUGGAGCUUUCGGCAACCUUGUCACUCGAGCCACCGGCUUCCAUGAAAAGUUUCCUGGGAUCAAACCCUUCCUGGCCACACUGGCUGGCAACUUCCGAUUGCCUGUCUUCAGGGAAUACCUAAUGAGUGGGGGUCUCUUCCCUGUGACCCGUAAGGCAAUAGAAUACCUCAUAUCCCGGAAUGGGACUGGGAAUGCUGUAGCGAUUGUAGUUGGUGGUGCAGCAGAGGCCCUCUCCUGUCGGCCAGGAGUGACAACGCUGAUCCUGAAUGAGCGCAAGGGGUUUGUUCGGAUGGCGCUCCGACAUGGGGCCCAUCUGGUUCCUGCUUUCUCCUUUGGGGAGAAUGACCUUUUCCAGCAGGUUCUCUUCAAGGAAGGGAGCUGGAUGCGGAGAAUCCAGGACAGAUUCAGAAAGAUCCUGGGCUUCUCCCCCUGCUUUUUUUAUGGAAGGGGAUUGUCCUCUGUCCGUUCCUGGGGACUCCUUCCUUUCCCCAGACCAGUCACCACUGUCAUUGGAGAGCCCCUGAUAGUGCCCAGGAUGGAGAACCCAACCUGUGAGAUGGUAGAUCGCUACCACGCCAUGUACAUCGAUUCUCUCCGCAAGCUCUUUGAUGACCACAAAGCCACGUACGGGUUGUCAGAGACGGCCGAGCUUCGGAUCGUAUGACUGAGAUUGGCAACAAGGGGGUGGAGGGAGGAGACAAAGGUGCAGACAGGUUCCUGCCCCUCAGCAAGGGCUCCCUCACCUCUUAUACCAGGCCCAUGCUUGCCAUGCAGAAGUUCCAAGUCCCCGAGCAACAUAGCCUUAAAAAAGAUUGAUUAUUUUGCCCAUGGACUCCCUGAUUUUCCUAUUUGGCCACAGUAAAGAAACUGUGCUAGCAGAGGGCAGGAAAUUAAGGCAACACCUCUUAACUGCUGCCAGAAAUAAUUAUUUGUCAAAAAUUGGGGGUGGGGGUGGGGAAUUGAACACCAUCCAUGAGAGAAUCAUAUAACCAUAACAUUGUAGAGUUGGAAAGUACCCUGUUGGGUCAUCUAGUCUAACCCUCUGCAAUGCAGGAAUCACAACUAAAUAAUCCCUGACAGGUAGAUAAUGGAUAACUAAAAUAUGGGACAUAGUAUGCAUGAUUAAACUUACACAAUUGAUGAGAACUAGAGAGGGAAGGCAACAAGAUAGUGUCUAAAAAUGGAGUAUUUUUAUAAUGUUCUGGAGUAAUAAGAUAAACCCACAUGUGUUAGUUGUCACCUUGUGAUAUUAAUUUAUUACAUUUGAUUUUGGAAAUCUGCUCCUAUGUGCUUAGCUCUGGCUAUCCCCUAUGUAUUUGGCAUCUGCCAUUAUACUUUGUUCCGUUUUAUUAUAAAUAAAUGUAUGUUUUGUUAAAAAAAGGAUUGACCAGUCGACGACAAGGAAAAAAACUACUGCCAGCCUGAGUAGAUAAUACUGAGCCACAUAGAUCAAUGGAUUUCUUUAUGCAGCGUGUAGAUAUACUUAUUACUCUAACCUAGACAUCUUCAAAAGAAGGUUUGACAGAUUCAUGAAGGAGGAAAGGCUGUACUCUGCCUAUAUCAUCGAAGGCGGUGAAGCUUUUGAAUACCAGUUGCUGGAAACCACAGGAGGGGAGAGUGCUCUUGCACUCAUAUCCUCCUCAUAGGUAUCCCAUGGUGGCCACUGUGAAAACAGGACACAGGACUAGACAGCUGUUGCAGGUCUGAGCUUAGUUUCUUAUGAUUCCUAAGUGGAACCUCCAUGAAUGGAGCCAAUCUAACAUAGAAUGGGGGGGGGCAGUCUUCCAGUUUGGAGGUAGUGCUGUGAAACAUGUCUCUCAUUUCUCUCCUGAGAAUUUCAAACUACCGAAUUAUCAGGCUGCUUGGACAAAGACUCUGGUUAUCAGUAAAAAAACCCUCCUAUCAUAUAUUAUUUCCUUCUGACAAGGUAUAGCCAUGAAGAGCUAGAGCUAGUGAGGGGUAGCUUCUUCAAGUUCAACUGUUUCACUAUUGGUUGAGUCGAGGGAAAUGGUGGAGGAGGACUCGAAUACUGAUUUAGUGAAAGCGAUCCUGUCUCAAAUAUAAGUUCUGAAGCCAAUCCAAAAAGUCUUGGUAGAGCUUAAGAAUGAUCCAAAGCAGAUGCAAGAUAGAUGGUUCACUAUGAAGAUCGUUUGAAUAUCCAUGAGACCAUUACUCAAGCUAGUCAUAAUAUUCUGGAUAAACAAAUUACCUGUUUGGAAUCACAGUUACACUGGAAAAAUCAGUGUAUAAUUGGCAUUGAAAAUCCUCCAACUCAAGCAAAGUAUAUGGUGCAGAGCAUACAUACCCUGCAACAUUUCUCUGAUGAAAACAGGGACGUCCCAUUCCAUAAUAAUUUUACUAUUUAUACCCUACCCAUCUUACUCAGUUGCCCCAGCCACUCUGGGUGGCUUCCAACAUAUAUA